AUGUACAACGACUACCCGGAACCAAGACAGCCGGGACUCUGGCCGGCAGAUUGGGGCAAUUCGCAAUUUGGGCCUCGUCUUGGCCGUCCAGGAGGCGCCGCGCUCCGAUCCGCAGGAGGUCCAGCGUUCGCGCCCCCAAGGCGACGAACCAUGGUGGCCGCCAAUAUAUCGCCCGGAAUGCGUGGGGACAGAUUCACGAACCAAGGCACCUUUAACAUCAAUAGGGACUUGCUGUUCGCGCACUUCCCACGAGCGCAGGAUGCGACCCGACGUGGCAUCCUUGACCUGGAUCUCUUCGUUCGGAGGGCAGUGGCUGACGGGCAUCCAGAACGCAUCAUCCGUUGGGUGCUUCGCUUCAUCUUUGGUCACAUGGAACGCCUCUCACGUACUGGGCAUCUGGACAUGUUUGGAGCGGCCGAGCAGCAGAUCGAAGACGCCCUUGAUCGCGCCCCCACUGUGGCACUCUGGGCAGCGCGCACACACGCUAUGUGCGUCGUCCUUGACCAAGACCGGGGACUCGGGUGCUCAGAUGAGUUACUAAGCCGCAUCAUGACCUUUCUCGAGGUCCUUUUCCAGGACGUCCAUAACUUGCUGGGCAGGUGGCAGACAAGGGUGCUCUUCGAGGCCUUUAGUGGUGUCUUCCGAGCGACGCGCUGGGACUUGGUGGAGCAGCUUCACAGACUGUGGAACAGGUUCGAUAUCGACGUCCAGGAGCAUCUUAUGUGCGGCAUGAUGCGUGCGGUGGGGAGGAGCAACGUUGAGGGAGGAGCACAUCGCGUGUAUCGAACUCUUCACCAGUACUCUUCACCAGUAGGGUCUUGGGAUGAUUGA